AUGGCCUACGUGGUGCCCAUCCACCGCGCAAGUGGCAUUCGCCAUGCGGUGAAGCUGAACUUUAUCAACCCGGAGGAGGACUGCCUAGUUGCUGCCAAAGCGAAUCGACUUGAAUUCUACACCCUCACACCAGAUGGCCUGACGCUCGCAGCCACCCGCGCGAUCUACGCGCAGGUAACAAUGCUCGCUCGCCUCCCAGCACCAGCAAAUUCACGAACCGACCACCUUUUCGUCGGCACAGACCAAUAUAAGUAUUUUACGCUAGUAUGGGACCACGAGAAAAAUGAAAUCAAAACCGCCCGCAGCUAUGUUGACAUUUCUGAGCCCUCGGCUCGCGAAUCUGAAUCGAACCCGCGUUGUCUUCUUGACCCCACUGGGCGCUUCAUGACACUGGAGAUAUACGAGGGUGUGGUGGUUGUGAUCCCGAUCGUUGAGUUAACGAAGCGCAAAGGCCGUGUUUCACAAGCUGCGUCGCAACCUGAUGCGCCGCAGGUGGGCGAGCUUGGUGAGCCUACUUCGUCGCGGAUUGACGAAUUGUUCGUUCGGUCGUCUGCAUUCUUGCAUUCCGCAUCGAAUCAGCCGUGGCUGGCUAUUUUGUAUGAGGAUAAUCGGAAGAAGGUUCGACUGCGCAUUCGGGAACUGGAGUUUAGUCGGGCGACGUCGAGUGGGCCCGCAGACGCGAGUUUCAACCAGGUGCAGGACAAGAAGCUGGAUGGUGGAGUAUUUGGACACGAGCUUGAUAUGGGUUCUUCACAUUUGAUCCCUAUUCCAGCUCCAUUAGGAGGACUGAUUGUCCUUGGAGAAACUUCAAUUAAAUACAUCGAUGAUAAUGCAAACGAUGUGAUUUCUCGCGAUCUUGACGAGGCCACUGUCUUUGUGGCAUGGGAGAAGGUUGAUAGCCAACGGUGGCUGUUGGCCGACGACUACGGCAGACUCUUUUUCUUGAUGUUUAUCCUAGAUAGUCGCGGCGACGUCGAAGACUGGAAGCUGGAUUACCUUGGAACCACAUCUCGAGCAACCGUCCUUGUUUACCUGGGCGGUGGAGUUUUGUUUGUUGGAUCGCACCAAGGCGAUUCCCAGGUUCUCCGGAUCGGCAGUGGAGGUUUUGAGACCAUUCAGACGCUAUCCAAUAUUGCUCCCAUCCUGGACUUUACGGUGAUGGACCUAGGGAACCGCACUAGUGAGAGUCAAACUCAUGAAUUCUCAUCUGGGCAAGCUCGCAUCGUGACCGGCUCUGGAGCUUUCGAUGAUGGCACCCUGCGAAGUGUGCGAAGUGGUGUGGGUAUGGAGGAGCUGGGUGUCCUGGGAGAAAUGGAUCACAUCACAGACCUUUGGGGACUGCAGGCCCAGACCAGUGGAGAAAUCUUGGACACACUUUUAGUCACGUUUGUUGACGAGACACGCGUGUUCCGCUUCAGUGCUGACGGAGAAGUCGAAGAGCUGGAAAGCUUCUUGGGUCUCACUCUUGACGAGAGCACACUCCUUGCCGCCAACUUGCCCGGGGGCCGGAUUCUACAAGUGACAGAGAAGCGAGCCCUGGUGGCUGACCUAGAGAGUGGCAUGGUCACCUUUGAAUGGACAUCACCGACACAGAAAGCCAUCACGGCAGCUUCUGCAAGCAAUGACCACCUGGUCCUUGUCACUGGAGGUCAGAUCCUGGCCUCCUUUGAUAUCCAAAAUAAUGCCCAGCUUAUCAUCGAAAAGGAUCUCGGCGUGGACCAGCAAAUCUCGGGUGUGACAGUUCCGUCUAGCCCUUCGGGAGUCUGCAUUGUCGGAUUCCCUCAAUCAGCCAAGAUCUCUAUUAUUGACGUCAACAACUUAUCUGAGCUUCAGACUAAAUCAUUGGGGGAGACAGGCGAGGCAUUCCCUCGGUCAGUUCUUGUAGCCAGCGUGCUCGCUGACAGCCCGCCUACCCUCUUCAUCUCUAUGGCUGAUGGCAGCGUGAUCACAUUCUCUCUGGACCCUAAAGACUAUUCCUUGACUGGUAUGAACAGGCUGAUUCUCGGAUCUGAACAACCAACGUUCAAGAAGCUCCCCAGGGGAGAUGGGCUGUAUAAUGUGUUCGCAACCUGCGAAAACCCUAGUCUCAUUUAUGGAUCUGAAGGGCGAAUCAUCUACUCGGCGGUCAACUCUGAAGGUGCAUCUCGCAUAUGCCAUUUGAACGCGGAGGCAUAUCCUGAUUCUAUCGCCGUGGCUACCGCACGCGAACUCAAGAUUGCUCUAGUUGACAAAGAACGGACAACCCAAAUCCAAACCCUACCGAUGGGAUCCACAGUCCGCCGCGUUGCCUACUCCCCAUCCGAAAAAGCAUUCGGACUUGGUACGAUUGAUCGGAAGCUAGAAGAUGGACUAGAAGCCGUGAAGAGUCACUUUGUGCUAGCUGAUGAAAUCUUGUUUCGGCGUCUGGAUGCGUUGGAGCUCAAGACAGACGAACUGAUAGAGAGUGUGAUCCGCGCUGAAUUCCCGGCUGGAAAGGAUGAACUUGGAAAUGAAACAACUAAAGAUCGGUUUGUUAUUGGUACUUCAUACCUGAACGAGACUAGGGAAGGUUCAAUCCGCGGGCGGAUUCUAGUCCUGGAGGUUGACCAUGGGCGCAAAUUGACCCAGGUCGCUGAGUUACAAGUGAAUGGUGGAUGCCGGGCAUUGGCCAUGCUUGGUGACAAAAUCGUCGCGGCGCUGGUCAAGACUGUUGUUGUCUACAAAGUGGUCAAUAAUAAUUUCGGGUCAAUCAAGGUUGAGAAGCUCGCAAGCUACCGCACAUCAACAGCACCAGUUGAUCUUACCGUCGUCAACGACAUGAUCAUAGUCGCUGACCUCAUGAAAAGUGUAUGUGUCGUCAAAUAUGUGCCAGGCAAGGAUGGCACCAAGAACGAGCUGGUUGAAGUUGCUCGGCACUACCAAACCGUGUGGAGUACAGCCGUCGCCUCUAUUGAUGAUGAUACGCUUCUCGUGAGCGAAACUCAGGGCAACCUGAUUGUCUUGUCCCGCAAUACGAACGGCGUCACAGCCCAAGAUAAACAACGCCUUGUCGCAACUAGCGAGAUCAAUCUCGGCGAAAUGGUCAACCGCAUCCGUCCAAUCAACAUCCCUCAGCUUGGCACAGUGAUGGUAACUCCACGAGCUUUUAUGGCAACCGUUGAGGGCUCCAUUUACCUGUUCGCACUGAUCAACCCUGAACACCAAGACUUCCUGAUGACCCUCCAAAGUGUCAUCGCCAGUAAGAUAGAUUCAUUGGGUGACCUGUCUUUUGAUACCUUCCGUGCAUUCCGCACGCUGACUCGCUCCGCUGACGCACCCUACCGUUUCGUUGACGGUGAACUCAUCGAGAAAUUCCUCACCUGUGAGCCACAGCUGCAAGAGGAGAUCGUAGCGGACGUCGGCUCUAGCGAUGUGGAAGAGGUGAAAGGAAUGAUCGAAGCACUCCGGAGAUUGCAUUAA